GUCACGACGUCUUAGCAGACAUCAUCCAAAACAUCUUGUUUUAAGUUCUGUUGUGGCGGAAAGGAUUUGUGUUCAGGUUUGAGACCAUGACGGACGAACAAGAAAUCAUGUGCAAAUUAGAAAACAUACUGGAAGUCAGGAACAAGACCCUGCAGAUGCAGAAGAUCAGGACUCGUCUGAAGAGCGAGUUCGAGGCCCUAGAGGGUGAGGAGAAGCACUUGAGGGAAUACAAGCAGGAGAUGGACCUCCUUCUGCAGGAGAAGAUGGCCCACGUGGAGGAGCUGAGGCUGAUCCAUGCAGACAUUAACGUGAUGGAGAGCACGAUCAAGCAGUCUGAAAACGACCUGAACAAGCUGCUGGAGAACACACGGCGUCUGCAUGAGGAGUACAAGCCCCUGAAGGAGCAUGUGGACGCCCUGCGCAUGACCCUGGGCCUGCAUCGCCUGCCCAACCUCAGCGACGAGGAGGAGAAGCUGUCACUCGAGUUAGUCACCCAGAGUUACUUUGAAAAGCAGAAGGCAGAGUGGAUGAAAGAACCCCAAGAGCCAAUCAUUCCGGAAUCCUUGGCUGCAGCUGCCGCUGCUGCCCAGCAACUGCAGGUCUCCCGGAAACAAGAUGCCCGGCAACCAGCAACCUUCAGACAGCAGCCUCCCCCAAUGAAGGCCUGUUUGUCCUGUCACCAGCAGAUCCACCGCAACGCCCCCAUCUGUCCCCUCUGCAAAGCUAAGAGCCGCUCCCGCAACCCCAAGAAACCCAAGAGGAAGCCGGACGAGUAAGCGGCCUCCAGUGGUCUGCCUCUCCUUCCGAACGUAGCUUCCAAACGUAGACUACCGAGUUAACCAAAACCCCGUCUCUGAAUCCUCCUGGGUUCAUGUGUUAGAACUAUUGUUUAGUUUUGUCAAAUGCCUCAUUUGUUUAAGUGUACUUAAGUGUUUUAAUACUUGAUACUUUGCUUCAAAUUCCACAUCAUGACUGCAAAAAGGCAAUAAGAAACUUGGGACUUGUAAUAGGAACACAUAAAUGCUAAACAGAGUUGUUUGGCAUGUAGCUUAUAUUGUAACAGGAAAAUAACAUUUUUGCCCAGUGAUCUUAAAUGCAGUAUUUUAACCAUAUCAUUCCACCUUCAUCAAACUUUAGACCAAAUGUCUAUUAUGUGCUAACAAAGAAAAAGCAAAAUUAGAAGAAUUCUUGACUGAAGUAUUUAAACUGUAAGACUGUAAGUGUUUUUGUAUCUUAUGUUUUAUAUGCAUGCAAAAAGUAAUGUACUGUAUGUCUGUGAUAUUUUCUCAAUUGAAAGGGGUGAUUGUACUUUGUCGCUGGUAGCUAGUAAUCCUAUGUUUACAAGGGCCAAGGGAAGCGUGGUCCCAGUAAUAUUUGACGGAUGUAUUUCUUGUGAAAACUUGGUUGUUAUACUUGGAUAAAGAGUAAAACUCGCGAUUUGUUGUGGCCAGUAUUGGAAAAAUAAAGAUGGUUUAUUGACGUUG